CAAGGACGCCGGUGUCCGGGUUGCGCGCGCGCUUGCGCGCGCGGUGCCGUCGAUGCCCAUCCUAAGAGCGGGCUCCAAGGUCGGCACUCGGAGCGCUGAUGCGAGAAGCAAACGACCGACGGACAGCGCGCUCAAGCAGCAGCGGCUUUGGUCGUGGCGGCCGGUGCUGUCGCCGCGCGUGGCGAUCGCCACUUUCCUCGCCUUCGGCGUCGCGUUCAUCGCCAUCGGUAUCCCCGUCCUGAUCUCCGCGGCUGGCGUCGUCGAGGUGACGAGCGUCGACUACGCCGACUCGUCCGUCUGCAGCAGCAACCCGUGCGAGUUCGAGUUGGAGGUCACGGAGAGAUUGGUGGCGCCCGUGUACAUGUACUACCGCCUCACCAACUACUACCAGAACCACCGCCUAUACGUGCGCGACCGCGAUGACCCCCAGCUGAUUGGGCAGAGCGGGCUCGACCAGAGCUUGUUGCCUGGUUGCACCGCAGCUACCUCAACGCAGGGGUCGGAGGCCGAGUUCCGCAGGCUCGUCAACGGCGAAACGGCGGGUGAGGGCGGGUUCGGCUGGUCCGGCGUCGACGCGAUGGAGAACGUCAUCUCUCCGUGCGGGCGCGUAGCCUCCUCGGUCUUCAACGACACGCUGACGCUGCUCAAGCCAGGCGGGACUGAAGUCAGCCAGUCCAGCAAGGGCAUCGCAUGGGCGACCGACGUCGAAUUCAAAUUUCACAAUGCGGCCGACGGCUCCACGGGCACCAACUUUGCGCAGUUUGCGUUUGAGCGCAACCAGCCUUGCGCCGAGUUUGGCGAGGGCGUCCCGACCACGCUUUCUGGUCCAGUCAAGCUCGAUGCCGAUGGCAGGUACAACGGCAUGCUCCCCGCGGACUGGAUCGACGAAUGCGUGGCGAAGAAUGCGGACGCCGAGCGCGCGCCUGGCGGGGCCGGCGCCAACAUCGGCUGGUGUUUCCCUGGCUCCGGCAUGUGCGUCGAGGACGAGCACUUCAUCGUGUGGAUGCGCACCGCCGGCCAGGCAAACUUCCGCAAGCUGUACGCCACGAUCGACGAGGACCUGGAGCCGGGCACCUACACGGUGAGAGUGUCGAACGGCGUGGACGCCGGCGGCGGGUACAAAAAGUAUUCCUAUGACAAGGCGCCGACGGCCUCUUGCGAUUCGCUGACAGCUCCCGCGGAGCAAGCUCCGGAGGAGCCUUGCGUGAUCGAGGAGGCGAUGGAGGGCCUGUACAACACGAGCGUCUUUGGAGGCACCAAGAAGGUCGUGCUCUCGGAGCUCAUGUGGCUCGGCGGCAAAAACACGGUCCUCGGCGUUGCCUUCGUCGCCGCCGGCGCCCUCUGGCUCGCGCUGGGCGCCGCCUUCCUGAUCAAGGACCGGCUCAGCCCGCGGCCGCUCGGCUCGGCGCCCUUCCUCGCCCCUCCGCCGAGCGCGUCGGCGUGACAGCCCGGCGCCCCCCCCACCACGGAGCCGCGCCAGACGGAGCCAACCAUGCGCGUCUGAGGGUCAGGGCGGGGGCCGCCGGCGCCUCUGGCUCUGAGCCUCCGAGGGCCAGGGCGAGCCGCCAAUCACUGCCUUCUUCCCUCCGCAUCCAACUCUACCUGUCCUCUGAGUGUGUGAAUCGUGCCGUGCUCUCACAACGUAUUUGUGGCGCGGCCGCGAGGAGGUUCCCAUGGGACGAUAGAGGCGCGCGCGGCGGCCUGUGUGCGUGGGGUGCGCGUGUGUCGUCGCCGGCAGCCCGCACAUAUGUUGACCUGGUGUAUAUGCGU